ACCUUCAAGUAACUUGAUUAUUUUUGAACAAGUAUAUUGACCAAUCUAACCAAUAUGGCAGCCAUUAGAUUGAUACGCGUGUCAAGACUAAGACCAUUAUCGGUUCUUGGCGCACCUACCAUGCGAAAUGUACCUGUAACGGUGAGGUUAAGCGUUACAUGCAUAUCGGCUGGUUUUAGUUCGGAAAGUGGUCAAGUGAAUGGAGAAGUGGAGAAGAAACCGUUGAUGGCCGCCGCAUUAGUUAAUGGUGUGGGCCCUUUGCGAACACAAACAAGUGAAAGAAUAGGCUUGGCCACUCUACGUAAGAUCGUUACAAGGCCUAGACCGUGGAGUUUAAUCAUCCAAUCGCUGGUCGAGAAGAUUAUAAUGGACUCUCGAUUCUUUACAAUGUUGGGCGUAGUAGGAACGUUGCUUGGUUCAGUAUUAUGCUUCCUGGAGGGUGUUUUUCUGGUUGUGGAAUCAUACCUCCACUAUUUUCAAGCCAUCUACCACCACUCGGAUCAUGCACACAUCAUGCAUCUACUCAUCGAAGCCUUAGAUAUGUUCUUAGUAGGAACCGCAAUGCUUACAUUUGGGAUGGCAUUACAUGUUAUGUUCAUUGGAUCGAGAGCUGCGAAAGGCAAUGGGUCACUUAUUCCACCAUCAAACUUUUUCGGGCUUUUCUAUCUCAAGGAGAUGCCAUCAUGGGCUGGAAUGAAAUCUAUAGCUCAAGCAAAGUCGAAAAUAGGGCAUGCGUUAAUGUUGUUGCUUCAAGUUGGAGUGUUGGAGAAGUUCAAGAGUAUUCCUUUGGUUACUGGGCUAGAUCUUGCUUGUUUUGCUGCUGCCAUAUUUGUGUCUUCAGCUGGUUUAUUCAUUCUUUCACAAAUUUCUGCUGGUAUGAAACCGUAAACUGUUUAGGUAACCCGAUGAUUCUUUGAUCGUCUUAUAGUGUAUUACUAUUAAGGUUAAUCU